CAGACAAGGGCUUGGAUUCCUCAGAGAGGACUCUGUGGGAAACCAGAGAGAGGCUGUUGGGUGACCAAAUGAUGCCAUCAAGACAUGCUCCUCCAUCUUUUCAUGGUGCUGGAGGGGAAGCAGCGGCUGUGGAACCAGAUCAAGGUCCAGUGUGCUUUGAAGAUGUUGCUGUUCAUUUCACAGAUGAGGAAUGGGUGUUGCUGGAUCCUGACCAGAGAGCUCUGCAUAAGGAAGUCAUGGAGGAGAAUCGUGAGGUCAUGGACUCUCUCAGUGCUGAUGAAUUGGAAAUUAAGAACAAGAGAGACCACUGCAAAAUCCACACAGUGGAGAAGCCAUAUAACUACAUGGUGUGUGGAGAAAGCUUCAGUCAGAGCUUCUAUUCCUCUUCCCAUCAAAAAAAUCCCAUUGAGAAGAAACUCUGUCAGUGCUUGAAAUGUGGAAACAGCUUCAAUUCCAAGAGGAGUCUCACUUCCCAUCAAAAAACUCAUAGCAGGAAAAAUCAUAUCAGUGCUUGGAAUGUAUGUGGAAAGAGCUUUAGUCGGAAAGAAAGUGUCACUUCCCAUCAAAGAAUUCAUACAGGGGAGAAACCAUAUCAGUGUUUGGAAUGUGAAAAGAGCUUCAAUCAGAACACCCAUCUCAUUUCCCAUCAAAGAAUUCAUACGGGGGAGAAACCAUAUCAGUGCUUGGAAUGUGGAAAGAGCUUCAGUAAGAGGGCGCAUCUCACGGCCCAUCAAAGAAUUCACACUGGGGAGAAACCAUAUCAGUGUGUUGAAUGUGGAAACAGCUUCAAUUCCAAGGGGACUCUCACUUCCCAUCAAAGAAUUCAUACAGGGGAGAAACCAUAUCAGUGCUUGGAAUGUGGAAAGAGAUUCAACCAAAAGGAAAAUCUCACUUCCCAUCAAAGAAUUCAUACAGGGGAAAAACCGUAUCAGUGUUUGGAAUGUGGAAAGAGAUUCAGUCGAAAUUCCCAUCGCACUUCCCAUCAAAAAACUCACA